GCGAUAACGGAAUAUUCAUCGACGAAAGGUGCGCGCCCAGGGCAGGCCACGCCGUUUGGAAUUAUAUUUACAGAUGGUUUCGGGCAAAAAGAUACCACCGAAGCAGCGGCUCUUCUUAGGAACCUUAUUCCAAAUAUGUUUGCUGUAGCGAUCAACCGCCAGUAUCCAAUUAGCUUGGCAGAACUGGAGAGGAUUGCUGGCUCAAAAGAGCGAGUAUUCACGGACGAAAACGUCGACAAGCUAUACGAAGCGCUGGAAAAGAUCACCAGAACUUGUUGA